AUGUUUGCCUUAAUUGUUGCUCUUGCUAGAAACAAAGGGAUAGGAAGAGCCAACAGGCUACCUUGGUCCCGCCCCCUAAGGACAGACAUGUCUUGGUUCAGAACCCUUUCCCAGAGCAUUCCGCUCAUCACCUCCCAUCACAUAGAUCUUCUUCCUUCUCCAUCCAAUGCCGUGGUCAUGGGAAGGAAGACAUGGGAAUCCAUCCCUCCCAAGUUCAGGCCUCUCCCAAACCGCAUGAACAUUGUUCUAUCGAGAAGGCCAGGUGCCAAGACAGAGAACGCGUUCUUCAUCCCGACCUUUGAAGACCUCAGCCACCUAGACAUUCCUCCAUCUUCAAUGAUAUUCGUGAUAGGAGGACAUGACAUUUACAACCUUGCAAUUCAAAACGGUAAGGCUCAGAUUAUGUUUGUCACCGAGGUCUUCGAGUCUCCUGACUGUGAUGUAUUCUUCCCCCAUGUAGACUGGGAAUCUUAUGAAAAAAGAGACAUUACAUACGAGGUUUCAAGACUCAUUGACCAAAACCUUGCAGAUGCCUUUUACAACACAGAAGCAAAUGCCUUCACAGAAAAUGGAACAACUUUCAAGAUGUUUAUUUAUAUUAAACCUGGAUCUCUAUAA